AUGGAAGGCAGGAGCGAGUGGCUCGCCUCCUCGACCCGCCCUGAGGGCUUCGAGCAGAUGAGGCUGAAGAGCAGACCCCGGGAACCCUCGCCCAGCCUGACCCGAGUGGGCUCCAACUUCUACAGCGCCGUCAAGCAGCAGGACUACAGUGCCAGCGUCUGGCUGAGAAGGAAAGACAAAUUGGAGCAUUCCCAGCAAAAAUGCAUCGUGAUUUUUGCACUGGUUUGCUGCUUUGCAAUUCUGGUUGCACUAAUAUUUUCAGCUGUGGAUAUUGUGGGAGAAGAUGAAUAUGGACUCACAGAAAAAAACUGUCAAAAUAACUGUCGAGCUGCUCUUGUGGAAAAUAUUCCUGAAGGCAUAAACUAUUCAGACAGUGCACCAUCCCAUUUGUCUCUUUUCCAGGGGUGGAUGAAUUUACUUAAUAUGGCUAAAGCAUCUGUUGACAUAGUGUCUUCCCAAUGGAACCUCAGUCACAGUCAUCCAACUCCAUGGCAGGGGCAGCAAAUUUUUGAAAAAUUAGAAGAAUUAUUGUCCCAAAAUAUUGAAAUCAAAUUAGUGAGUGAUAUUCUUCACAAGAAGUCCAAAUUACUAAAUGACUUGGAAAAAAGGGGUGCAGAAGUGAUAAAUGUAAAUUUAACUGCUUAUAAUGAUGGUCAUUUGCAGUCAUCCUUCUGGAUUGUGGAUAAGCAACAUGUAUACAUUGGAAGUGCCAGUUUAGAUUGGAGUUCACUGGGGCAGAUGAAGGAGCUUGGCAUCAUUGUAUACAACUGCAGUUGCUUGGUUUUAGAUUUACAAAGGAUAUUUGCCUUGUACAGUUCCUUGAAAUCCAAGAGCAAAGUUCCACCCACUUGGUCUAAAAGACUGUAUGCAGUGUAUGGCACUAAAAAUAAGCUGCCUCUUAAGUUGAAUGAAACCAAGUCAGAAGUCUUUGUCUCAAAUUCCCCAAAGCUCCUAUGCCCUAAAGACAGGACUUUGGAUACUGAUGCAAUCUAUAGUGUGGUAGAUAAUGCUGAAGAGUUUAUAUAUAUAGCUGUUAUGGACUAUCUGCCUAUUGUUAAUAUAAUAAAUGAGACAAGGUAUUGGCCUUUUUUGGAUGGAAAGAUAAGAGAAGCAUUGAUUCUACGUAAUAUUAAAGUGCGACUCCUUAUCAGUUUCUCCAAAGAAACAAAUCCCCUCACUUUUAACUUUAUUUCAUCUCUUAAAGCAAUUUGCACUGAGGUUUCUGACUGUAGUUUAAAAGUUAAAUUCUUUGACCUUGAAUCAGAAAGUGCAUGUUUUAUUAAGGAGCCAAAAAGCUCUUCUCUUCUCAAGGUAAAUCGCAAUAAAUAUGUGGUGACUGAAAGAGCUGCUUAUAUUGGUAAUUUUGACUGGGUUGGGACCUAUUUUAAUCAGAAUGCUGGAGCUGGUCUUGUCAUCAAUCAUGCAGACACAGGGAACAAAACCAGCAUAAUUAAGCAACUUAAAGCUGUGUUUGAAAGGGACUGGUAUUCACAUUAUGCUAAAAGUUCAACAGCAAAGAUCUUAAACUGUCUAAUCUACAAACACAGCAAAGCCGCAGCCAAUAAGUCUGCCAUAAGCAAUAUGAACUGA